AUUUACAGGAAAUGUCAAAUAUUGGACAAGGUUUCAAUUAAAUCAGUAUUUUUAAGCAAGUUUAUAUAUAUAUUUUCUAAGUAAACUAUCUUAUCAAUGUCUGCAUAUAUUAUGUGUGGGACUUCUGGAGGAGGUUUGCCUAUAUUUUCAAGAAAAAAAGGAAAUGCAGAAGCACUUCCUUUUUCUGUAAUUGGCUCGUUGAAUGGUAUUCACAUGUUUGGAAAACCUUUAGGAAUAGAAGUUUUGGAAACAUUAACUGAUGAUUAUGCUGUAAGUUGGAGGGAAUUCGAAGACAGUGUUAUUAUUAUCGGUGCUGCUAGUGGAUGUUCUAUUGAAGUUUUGAAUAGGUUAUUAGAAGAUGUCUUCAAUGCAGUGGUGCUAGUAGUAGGAAUAAAAGAAAUAAAAAUGCAAAGAAAUAUUGAAAGAUUAAAAAGGGAACUAAGAGUAUGUUUGCCAGUUAUUGAUAGACUAUUGGAUUCAUUAGAUUGUGGUGAUUCAAAUAAAUAUUCAUCUGAUAUUGUGGGAUUUGUGGAAACAAUAUUAUGUCCAGAAAAUCAUUUAAUUCAAAUUGUUUUGGAGUCCUUUACCGAAUGUGUAGAUUCCUUGUUUUGCUGUGUAUUGAUUGAAGGUAAAAUAGCAGUAGGUACAGAAAGUUGGUGGUCAUUACACCCAGAUGAAUUGCGACUAUUAUCUUUUCUUGCUGUCUCAGAAAAUACUACAGAUUCCAAAGAUAUUCCUGUAUAUUUGCCAUAUAAGAGCCUAACAGUUGCCUUUCGAUUUGUAGUUUGUACACUAAUACCGGAUGUUCAAAUUUGUUGCCUUUGUGGUCCCAAACCUACUCUGACUGAAAUCGAACAUUCUGCUACACAGUGUUUUAAAAAUUCCACCGAUAUCUUAACUGCAGCUGCUCAGUGUUUACCUAGGAACUUUCCUCUUACCUACCACAUCGACAGCAAUAUUUUAGGACUUUUGCUGAUCAACAUUACAACAAAAAAAUAUAUGAUCUCUCAAAUUCCACAACAAUCAUCAAAGAAAACUAAUAUUGGUAACUCUCACCGCCUUGACAUUUUAAGGACGUUUUUUUAUAGAGCUGUAAUGAACAAUCUAAUACAAUCUGAUAAACAAGAUCAAUCAAAUCCUUCUGUUAAUUCAGAAAUUUGCGAAAAUAUUGGAAUCGAAACUUAUUGGUGUUCCGAAUUCCAUAAAUGUCACGCACUUAAAAUAAAUGAUAACAUUUUGUGUGUACUUUAUAAUUCUGCAGUUCCUACACAUGCUUUAAAUGCAAUAACAGAAAAGUCUUUUAAACAACUGAUCUCUGACAAACAAGUUUGCUGGUAGUAAUACCCAUUAUUUGUCUAAUUAUAUUUUUAAGUGCUUUUAAAUUAUUAUUAAUAAUGGUUUAGGUACUAAUAUAAUUUACAGUGCUUUUAUAUUUAAAUGUUGAUGGUAUUUUUUAUCUGUCUCAUACUUAAAUAAUCAUAUUCUCGGCAAUACUCUAAUAUGCGAUUUACUGUGAUACAAUCUGUUCAUAUUCAUGCGCAAUCUUGAUGUUUUGUAUUCUACCUAUAUAGGGUUGUCCAAACAUUCACGCCUAUCACAACUUGGUGAUCUGCAAAAUACAGACUGUACAGAGUAUUUGUCAUAACACUGAAUUAAGAAUAUUUUUUUUAAAAUCUAAAGUACUUAAUAUAAGAAAACGCAAAUUGAGUGCUAAAAUAGUUUUUCUCCAAACAUUUCUAGAGUUGUGUAAAAAGACCUGGCGUGGCCAUUGAUCCAUCUUAAGAUCACCACAUUGUUGAUGGAUGCCUCGACCAAGGCUUGGUGACAUUCUAAUACUAACCCUGAGUAAAUUCGUGAGCCUUGUCUUGUUUUAGAACCGUUCUUGUAAGGAAGGGGCACUUCUUUUUCUAAACCUGUAAGUAUAUAUGAGCCGUCCAGUUCCAAAAUUGCAAUUAUUCAGGUAACGCGAAAAACCUGUAACAGCUCUCCUAAUUAAAUUAUGGACCUGUUAGUUUUCCACUUAUAAUACAAAAAUAUGUUCGAAAAUUUUUGUUCGAAAACAUUUCUUCGAAAGUUAUUUAGUUCGAAAACAUUUUGUUCGAAAGUUAUUAGAAAAAAUAUCCUCGCUUAUUUUUAUUAAUUAUGUAUACACACUAAGAUGUGUCUAUUUUUUUAUACCGUGAGUCAAAUUUGUAGGAGAAGAGGGCUUUUGAUAUAAUGUACUUAAAAAAUUGCUCCGUUUGAUCUGUUAAAUGUUUAUUGAAAUAAAACUAAUUAAAAAAAUAUGAAUAUUAUUUUUUAUUGAAAUUUAAUUUUUGUCAAAGUUGAUUUAAAAAAGUUUUAGUAGUUCCAGGCCGCACAGGUUUAAUUAUUUUUUUUAUUUUUGUCAUUUUAUGUAAAAAAAUUAUUGUGAAGCUAUCGCGAUGGCUCCAGGCCGUGCAGGUUAGGUAAAUUCGUUAAAUUUUUCCUAUUUUAUGUAAAGAAUGUUUGCGAAGUUACUCGCUAUAUCUCCAAGCGAUGCAGGUUAGGUAAGGUUUUGUUUUCUUGUUUUAUGUUAAAAAAUUGCAUAGAUAAAUUAGUUAGAUUUUUUAUUUCUUUAAUCAGAAAAUAUUUUUCAU